UUCCCACCCCCCUCACUUGGUACCCGCUCCCUCCCGGUGGUCUGGCACAUUCUAGGAAUAUGCUGGUGCUGGUAAGUGGUGUGACGCGCUUGGGUUCUGGUCUAUGUCGUCCUCUUUUCGAUCGUCAUGAUUCAAUCAAACAGCGCAUACUCUGAGUUUGGCAGUGCGUGUCGAUGUUGACUUUCCUGCUUUGUGGUUGCCUGACGUCAAUGCGGGGUAAAUGGCCUUUGAUGAUGCCGUGCACUUCCAUUUCGUCUGGAAUGAUCAGCCUCGGUUCACCCCUGUCUUCUCCUCACCGCUGCUGCAUGCAUCAUGGAUCGAGGGACGGGCGACAAAAUGCACCUACCUAUAGACCAGUGAUCCUGUCCUUUUCCCUUUCAACAAGACUAGUCGUAGACGACAACCCGCUGCAGCAAAGUAAGCAUAACACGAGCAAAACCACGCAACCCCACUUGUCAAUGACAUCGACAUCAACCCUGGUGGCUGCGCGGUGGCGCACUGAUCUUCUUAUCCUGACGCCUUAUUAUUAUCAACAUUCGGCGAAAGGGUGGUGUGUUGCUUAUGCAGCCGGGAUCGGCGUCUAGACCUGCCCGUGGGUCGAGCCCUGCCUUGGUCUUCCCGUGCGGGUUGACUACGGUAGUUGUCUGGCGGCUGGCUGGCUGGUUGAUUACUGACCUGACAGGUGGGUGUUGGCUGC